GCUUUGUUAUGUUCGGCAGUUUGUCUAUAAGAAGAAGGCUUCGAACGACCCAAUCUUCUCCAAAACUUCCUAUUCUCUGUGUGUGUUUCGGUCAGAGAGAGAGAUCAAAGAUGGGUUCCAUUACAGCAGCUACAAAACCUCAUGUAGUUUGUGUAGCAUACCCACUUCAAGGUCACAUAAACCCAAUGAUCAAGCUAGCAAAACUCCUCCACCAUAAAGGGUUUCACGUAACUUUUGUCAACACAGAGUACAACCACAAACGCUUACUCAGGUCUAGAGGCCCCAACGCCCUCGAUGGCUUGCCUGACUUUCACUUUGAAGCCAUUACCGAUGGGCUGCCACCAGUAGAUGCAGAUGUUAGCCAAGACGUUCCUUCCCUUUGUGACUCCACCUCAAAGUAUUCGCUAGUUCCACUUUGCAACCUCCUUUCCAAACUCAACGACACUUCGGCUUCGAAUGUGCCGCCUGUGACUUGUAUGGUCGCAGAUGGUUGUAUGUCCUUCAGUCUUGAUGCUGCUGAAAAAUUCGGAAUUCCGAUUGCCCUUUUCUGGACUCCUAGCUCGUGCGGCGUCUUGAGCUAUAUGCACUAUCGCCAUCUAGUUGAACGAGGUUUAAUCCCCCUCAAAGAUGUAAGCGACCUAACAAAUGGAUACUUUGAAACUCCAGUAGAUUGGAUUCCUGGAAUGAAAAAUAUGCGUCUUAAGGAUUUUCCAAAUUUUAUUAGAACUACAGAUAAGAAUGAUAUUAUGGUUAACUUCCUCAUUCGUGAAUCUGAGAGAGCUGCAAGAGCUUCAGCUGUCAUUUUGAACACAUUUGAUCCAUUUGAACAAGAUGUGUUGGAUUCUAUGUCCUCAAUGCUUUCUCGUAUAUACACAAUUGGCCCACUUGUGUUGCUUGCUGAUCAGAUUAAGGACGAUAAAUUGAAAUCAAUAAGGUCCAAUCUAUGGAAAGAAGAACAGGGGUGUCUAGAAUGGCUAAAUUCAAAAGAACCCAACUCUGUAGUAUAUGUAAAUUACGGUAGUAUAACUGUCAUGACACCUGAGAAACUUAUUGAGUUUGCUUGGGGGUUAGCAAACAGUGAAAAACCCUUCUUGUGGGUUAUAAGGCCUGAUCUUGUGGUAGGAAAUUCGGCUGUUGUUCCUCACGAAUUCGUUACCAAAACUAAACGUAGAAGUAUGUUAGCAAGUUAUUGUUCCCAAGAACAAAUCCUAAAGCACCCAUCAAUAGGGGGGUUUUUAACGCAUAGUGGGUGGAAUUCAACGCUUGAAAGUGUAUGCAGUGGAGUGCCAAUGAUCUCUUGGCCCUUCUUUGCCGAGCAACAGACGAACUGUCGAUACUGCUGUACUAAUUGGGGCAUUGGAAUGGAAAUAGAUAAUAAUGUUAAGAGAAAUGAAGUGGAGAAUCUUGUAAGAGAGUUAAUGGACGGUGAAAAAGGUAAAGAAAUGAAGAAAAAGGCAAUGGAGUGGAAGACAAAGGCUGAAGAUGCUGUCAAACCUGGCGGUUCUUCUUACCAGAACUUGGACAAAUUGAUAGCCGAAGUUCUAUUAGUUGGAAAUGUUUAAGCAAACAAAAUUUACUUUCUAGCUUUGAAUGAACUAGCAUUCUUAGUCUCGUUUACUACAUGUGUUUAUUUAUAUAUAUAAUUGAUUCCCACUUUUGUUGUAAUAAAUUCCAAUUAAAUUGUGUAAUUUUUUUUUUUUUUGGUGAAAAAUUGAAUUGUGUAAUUUGGUUAAUCAAUGUUCUAUUAGAUAAUGGUAA